AUGGCAACGCAAGUCGUCGCGGCGCUGCCGGACGACGCCCUCGCCGACGUGUUCCGUGGCCUGCCGUUGCGGAGCCUGGCCGUAGUCCGGUGCGUCUGCAAGGCGUGGCGCGACGUCGUCGACGACCGCGCGCUGCUACUCCCGCAUCUACACCUCCUACUGCGCACCGUGCGAGGAGUCUUCAUGAACUACGUAGGCCACCAUGGCAAGCGUCAUCAGCAUUACGCUGGUGCGUACGUCGCGUUUGAUCCGGCCGAGUCGCCGCACUACCAGGUUAUCUUGGUUCCAGCCGUGCCGGCGGCGCCAUUAUCGCACGAGGACCGCCGGAGGAGGGCGGAGCAGGAGCGGUGUGCACUGCUGCGGGAGGAAGAGAAAGACGCAAAAUCACUGGUUUCACUCUACUGA